AAUAGUGCAUGAAAGACAAUACCAGAGCUCGUGCAUACCUUGCUCAAUGACGCACGGGAGGUCAACGUACACACUGACCGGGCUGCUGCUCCUUGGCACCAGCGUGUCCUGCAGUUUUGAGUGAACCAUGGACAACUCUGGCAGGCCUUACCGGGGGAGGCAAGGUGGCAGGGAGAGGGGAGCGGGGACGGAGAGGGCAGAAGGCUGGAGGGACCAGGGCAGAGGACAGGGCUACAGAUCAGAAGGAGGCCAGCAGGGCAAGAACCAGGGGGGGCCCUACCGGGCCAGUCCCAAGAAGGGUGGGCUGAGUUACUCCCCCGGUGGAUUCCGAGGUGGCCACAGCCCCUCGCAGAAUGAUGAUCCCCGGUGGUUCCCAGGCUCUGAGAACAUUGGUGGGGGUCGAGAAGAGGGCUGGAGAGAGCGCUCGCAGCAGCCCUGGAGGAGGAGCGCACCGGGAGAAGGUCCAAUGGAGGACCGGGAGCAGGGGGGGAAAGAGGAUACUGAUGACAAUGCCCAUAAUUCAGGGAGAAGACGGAGAAACCGAAACAAGAAUCGAGGUUAUGCUGAGGAGAACAGGGGCCCCAUCAUUGAAGAGUCUACACUGUCACCCAAAGAGCUGCAAAGCCUUCGGCAAGCAGAGCAGCAGCUUAACAGAGAGGAGAUCUACCCACUGAAGAAGAGGUCCCACAGCAACCCUGGAGCCCUGUAUACCUGCUCCCUGUGUGACGUCCUGCUGGAGUCUGUGUCGGACGCUUACAGGCACACCCGAGACAAACGGCACAAGAAGAGGGCCAGGGAGAUGCAGGAGCAGGCGAUGCUGACGGAGAUCCUGCCCCCCGGUCCGGAGCAGGUGGCCGCAGUGAGCGCUGCGCUAGAGGCCGUUGUCCGGGAACACGGGAUGAGCGACCAGGAUGUCGAAAUGAGAGAAUGCGUCGUCAACAUGUUGCAAGACCUCCUCCUGUCCGUCCUGCCUGAGAUCAGGCUCAGGAUUUAUGGAUCAUCUUGCACUAAGUUUGGAUUUAAGGAUUCUGAUGUCAACAUUGACAUUCAGUAUCCAUCCCACAUGCACCAGCCGGACGUCUUGUUGUUGGUGAAGGAGAGUCUCUCCGUGAGCACUAUUUUUGUGGAAAUGGAAGCUGAUUUUCAUGCCAGGGUGCCUGUGGUCAUCUGCAAAGAGAAACAGAGUGGGCUGCUGUGCAAAGUGAGCGCCGGGAAUGACAACGCAUUCCAAACCACCUCCUACCUCUCUGCUCUGUCCCGUCGGGAGACUCUCCUCCUCCCGCUGGUUUUGGGUCUGAGACACUGGGCCCGGAUCAGCGAGAUCGACCGCGCAGAGGAAGGUGGACUACCUCCGUAUGUCUUCGCCCUCAUGGUUAUCUUCUUCUUACAGCAGCGCAAAGAGUCUCUCUUGCCUGCCUACCUGAAACCAGAGAUCAAGGUGUUUUCACUCGGCAGGCUGUCUGACUUCAAUCUCACGCAUGUAGAGGACGGACAUGUCCACUGGGCCUACACUCCCCCCUCCAAAGAACCGCAAGCAGAGGGCUCCUGUUUAAAGGGAAAGGUCGAACUAGUCUUCCAGAACCCGCGCCCUCCCAUGGAAGUUGGCCUCAUCUGGGUGGAGAUGCUGCGGUUCUACUCGCUGGAGUUCAACUUGGCUGACAACGUCAUCAGCGUACGGACCAGUGCCGUCCUCUCCCGGGAUAUGAAGGACUGGCCAAAGAAACGCAUCGCUGUGGAGGACCCCUUUGCCGUCAAGAGAAAUGUGGCUCGCACCCUAAAUAGCCAGCAGAUGUACGAGUACAUCCUCCACUGUCUCAAAACCACGUUCAAGUACUUUGCACUGCCACUCAACGCGGCAGCCGGUGAUAAGAACAACAAAGACAAGAAGGUUCCACAGGCGGAUGCCGAGGGGCCCGAGGAAGAGGUCACAGCUGCUUUAGGUCGCCUCGGCGUCCGGCCACAGCAAGCGGGGCGAACUCAAGCGGCCGAGAACGGCCCUGAAGACUCCGAUUGCAUCAUCGAGGAAGAAGAAGUUGAAGAGUACAGCGACUCGGAUGAGGAGCGUGAGAAGGAAAAAGCAGAUCCGGGUAAAAGCAGCCUUUCUGAGGACGAGGACGCUCUGAACAUCAGGCAACACUUGGACAGCUUCACCACGGAGGACGAGGACAUUUUUCCGGUGGAUGAGAUCUCUGGCGAGGAGCUCCUGUCUGACGAGGAGUGUCAUGGUUUGGACACGCCCGGUUCAAUGGAUGAUGAAGAAGAGGGGGACCUGGCCCCGGCGAGUCUCUCGUCUUCACAUUUAGAGGAAACCGUCAAUGAGAAGAGCCCAGAAAAUAAAAGCCAGCAACCGAAGAGACAGUUUUAUGAGUUCACGAAGCAAGCGUUCACCAGGGGCAAGUCACACAUGGUCGUGUGUAGCCUGUGCAAGCGAGAUGGGCAUCUGAAGAAAGCCUGUCCAGAAGAUUUCAAGAAGGUGCAGCUGGAUCCUCUGCCCCCCAUAACGCCAGAGUUCCUUGGUGUACUUGACAAAGUCUGCGAGCAGUGUUACACUGACUUCGCCCCAGAUGAACUGGAAAUGGGUGUAAGAGAGCACAUCCUUCAAGACCUGGAGGUCUUCGUCAGACGACAGUUUGCUGGAGCUCGGCUGCAACUGUUUGGAUCAUCCAAAAAUGGCUUUGGGUUCAGACAGAGUGACCUAGACAUCUGUAUGGUGCUGGAGGGGCAGGAGACCAUUGAGGAUGUUGAUUGCAUCAGUAUUAUUGAAAGCUUGGCAAGAAUGCUGAGAAAACACCCAGGUCUGAAGAACAUCCUGCCCAUAACUACAGCUAAAGUACCUAUUGUGAAGUUCUACCACGUUCACACCGGUCUGGAGGCCGACAUCAGCCUCUACAACACUUUGGCCCUGCACAACACACAUCUGCUCGCUUCGUAUGCCGCCAUCGACAGGAGAGUAAAGAUCCUCUGUUACGUCAUGAAGGUUUUUGCCAAGAUGUGUGACAUUGGGGAUGCUUCCCGUGGCAGCCUCUCGUCCUACGCCUACACCCUCAUGGUGCUGUUCUUCCUCCAGCAGAGAGACCCUCCAGUUAUCCCUGUGCUGCAAGAGAUUUAUGAUGGAAAGAAGAAGCCGGAGGUGCUGGUUGAUGGCUGGAACGUGUACUUCUUUGAUGAUUUAAAAGCACUUCCCAGUCGCUGGUCGCAGCACGGGAAGAACUCUGAGAGCGUGGGCGAGCUGUGGCUCGGCCUGCUUCGCUUUUACACCGAGGACUUUGACUUCAGAGAGCACGUCAUCUGUCUCCGUCAGCACGGCCGCCUCACCACCUUCAACAAGCAGUGGACGUCCAAAUACAUUGUUAUUGAAGAUCCUUUCGACCUGAAUCAUAAUCUGGGUGCUGGUCUGUCCAGGAAAAUGACGAACUUCAUCAUGAAGGCUUUCAUCAACGGCAGAACCGUGUUUGGCACACCAGUGAAAACCUUUCCUCCAGUGUUCCCUUCUCAGAUGGAGUACUUCUUUGAUCCUGAAGUUCUCACCGAGGGAGAAGUGGCGCCCAAUGACCGCUGCUGCCGCAUCUGUGGCAAGAUUGGCCACUUCAUGAAGGAUUGCCCCAUGCGUAAGAAAUCCAGGCACCGGAGGGACGCGGAGAAAAGGCCGGAGCACCUGCGAGAGGCGGUGGAGGAGGGCAGGGACCAGGGCAGACACAGGGGCGAGCACUGGAGGAAAAGGGACUCAGCGGAGUUGCGCUGCUGCUACGUGUGUGGAUCCAGUUCCCACAUCAAGAGGGACUGUCAAGUGUACCGGAGCCAACCAGGUAACAUCAGGAUGGAAGGCUUUGCUUCCCCUUCAUCAGCUAGCAUGAGGAAUUUCAGAGAAAAAGAGCGACCGGUUUCACCUACACGAGAAGAGAAGAAGAGAAAGCAACAAAAUGUGGCAUUGGGUCCCAAAGGAGGAAAUUUAGCCUGCCGAAACGUGGGUCGUUCUGGUCACAGGAAGAGCCCAGUAGAAUGAGCAUCGGCAGCUGAGGCUACGCAAACCAUGUGGUUCUACUCUUGUCCAGGCAGACAGUGACCCAAAAUCCAGAAACCAUUAAGUCUGAAUGGGACUGUUGGGCCAAUGGGAGCCUGUUAAAAGCCAAAGCCAGGACGCCUUGACUUGAAGCCAAAUAGGGCCUUUUUAUGUGUGUGGUUGUUUGUUUUUGUUUGUUUUUUGUGUGUGUGUGUAUGUGUGUGUGCGCGCGUUUGCCCCCUUUUAAAGCUCUCCUCACAGGAGCUUUUUAAAAUGUUUGUUUUAAAAGAGAAGGCAUUUUUUAUGCACCUCGUGUCUUUUGUUUACUUACACUGCCAUUCAAGGUCUCUUUUAUUAAUUUAAAACCAUAGGAUUGCAGAGUCAGUGUAAAAUCUCUUACAUUUAAAAAUGCAAGUAAUGGUAAGGUUCUCCCAUGUGACUAACACUUUAUAGCACAAGUGUUUGCUACUUUUUAAUUGAUUACAGGUCAGCCGGACUAAGAUGAAAGCUCUCUGAAAUUAAACUGACAUCUUAUCGUUUUAUGGAUCAAUUUUCCCGUUGUGUUCCCUUUUUAAGAAUUAACACGAAAAAAUGUAUAUUAGAAGUUGUUCAAAAAUGUUUGAGUGGCAGUGUAUGUAAUGGCAAGGAACUUUUUUUUUCUCGAUUAAUGUUUUAUUUGUCCUCUACAAAGAUGUCCGUCUGUCUUCAGCCCCAAAAGCAGCUCGACCCACAGUCAGUCACUGUUUGAGAAACGGAUUUGUAGAUACAUUUUUUUUUUCCAGGAUUGAGGAUUUCUGUUUUUAAGAAAGCUUGUCCUCCCCCACUUACUAAACAACAAGCCCCUCGACUGCCUGUAUGUUACCAUGGCAGUGAGCCCGUAUUUCCUGCCUCCAUCACCACGCACGUUAGGAAGUGCUGGGACUCUAGUGGGAGAACAUGCAGUCAAAAGCUUACUCCGUUUUAACUGAACACAAAACAAUUAGCUAACAGUGUACUCUGCUGCGACACUGCUCACCUUCUCCCAAACUAGAGGUAUCUCAGUUCGUUCGGUGAAGAGGUAUUUAUAUUUAUUUGCCACAAAGAAAGCUUAAUUGUGUUGUCAUGGCGCCACAGACUUGGUAGCUGCACUGUGCGAGGGGACACGCUCUUUGAUUACGUCGCUGCUAGUUAACGUUGUCCUAAAAUGGCUUAUUUUCUUUUUUCAAAGAAUUGUGUUGUUGACGGUAUUGUAAUCAAAUUUGUCAUGUAAAAAGUUUAUUUCGUCAGACUCACAAGGGAGGUACAGUUUGUUAUUGAGGACCACCGCCCCCACAUGCUUCCCACACCCUAAUCCGGCCAGGCAAGGUUGGCUUGCAAUCCAUUUUGUCUCAAAUAAUUAAACAGAUCAAACCCAAAGUGCCA